AUGGACUCGGAACACUCAGAAUCAAGCGACUCAGAGCAUUCUGCAACAUCGGAAGAUGAAGAUAUGGGCCAAUCCAUGGAACACGCCGAUUCCAACCCACCCACUCGCAGCAAUAGCACCAAUGACCUUCAACACACCACUCCGUACGAUGACACGGCUUCAGAAGGUUCAGCGGAUGGCCCAACAGUGCUAGUACGCGCGAACUUUGUCGAUGACGAUCCCAACCGGCGUGUACACACUCGUACUGCCUUUCCGGACGAUUCGCCAUUGUGGUGUCGAGCUCAACUUUCCCGCAGAUAUACUUCGAAAGCAUCCUCACCGAUUCUUUUGCCACAAGCCAUCAGCGUUGAUAGCGUCGCCACGGACCACCCUGGCAUCGUUGUCCACGCUUUUCCAGCCCAUUACAACUCGUUCGAAGUUCUGGACGACGCGGACGAUGAAAUCGACGCCACUCCUGCUCCGUACAUCGUGACUGUCGACGGGAAUCCGAACCUGUACGCCACUCACGCUCGCUCCAAUGAAGACCUCCAGUGCUACAAUGCAUUCAACACGGACGUUGAAUCGAUGACGGUCGGCGAGCUGACGGACUACCUGGAACAUUACGCGAACAGUUUCCAGUCAGAAGACGACUCAAGCAUUGCCUUGGCCAUGAUCCAAGCAAACCCAGGCCAUUUAGCACCAAUCUUGGACGUCCAGACACCGACAAACAUUGAAGUAUUGGUACAUAAAGCACCUGGACAUGCCCUCCAACGUUUCAUCCAAAGCCACUCGUACCUGGACCGCAUCAUCGAUGCCAUGCAAGAACAAGCCAACGCAACCCUACCUCAGCCGUUAUGGGCACACCUCUGGCCUGAAGCAGCGACAUCCAACAACCCAACAUCACUGCUGAACCAACCAGAAAUCUAUUUCAAUGCGAUCAAGGUUUCUGCGUUGGUUCACCAAGCAUGUCACAAGCAUGGUGGCCUUCCCCGACUGGCAACCUUGACGCUAGCGCCCCAUUUCCUCUGGUCCGACGAACCCUUUGUGCUCUAG